AAAUUACGUGACGUCAGACCGAUGAAAGUGUUGUAUCGCCUGAGCCGCGAGCCGCGAGCCGUCAGUGUCGUGUGGAGCGGCCGCGGGAUGGCCGGUGUAUGAUGUCCUUCCGACGACUGCUCAGCGCGGUGCGGUCGGCCCGCGACGCGCUCACGAGGGGCGCGCCCAUGGCCGACGGUUUGUUCAAGUCGCUCGUAUCAUUGGUGGUGAUCCUCUGCAUCGCCGUGUCGUCCCCGCAGUCGGCGUCCGCGAAGCCCUUCGCCUUCAGCUUCCCGGCGAGCUGGUCCCUGGCUGGGCUGGUGGGAGGUGUGGGCGCUCGCUCCGAGGACCACCGAAGAGAACCCGCGGGGGUGAAGCCCUACACCGAGCGGAGAGUCUCCAACGACACCCUCCGUAUGAUCUACUUCCACGACCAGACGGUGGCCGUGGUAGAGCUCGGCUUGGACAAGCUGCUCCUCAACUGCGAGCUCAUCGAGACAUAUGAUGAGGACGAUACGAGCCGCCUCCUGCGCCAGUUGAGCAGCAUCAACCGACCUCUGGCCAUCAACUUCCCUCAGAUGACCAAGUUAAUGAGCCAGUGUCAGCAGGUCGACGGAGUGGAGGGGUCGGAGGGAUGGGCGGCGUCCCGGCGUAGGGCGGACUGGCGAGAACGAGGAGCAGCGAGACUGCGGGCAGGCGGGCAACACGCGGGGCUGCUGGGAGGCAGUCCGCUGUCACUGCUGCAGGGGAUCAUACCCGGCACUAAAUGGUGCGGGACGGGCGACAUCGCGGCGGACUACCACGACCUGGGCUCCGACCGGCCCCUGGACCGCUGCUGCCGCACGCACGACCUGUGUCCCAGCAAGGUCCGCGCCUUCUCCACUCGCUACAACCUCACCAACAACUCCCUCUACAGCAAGUCGCACUGCACCUGCGACGACAUGCUUUUCGAGUGUUUGAAGGCGACCAACACGUCCGCCUCUCACCUCAUGGGGCACAUCUAUUUCAAUAUAGUCCAAGUGCCCUGCUUCGAGGACCUUCCCUCCGGCCGGCGGUUCAGAGAAGCGAAGCAAGGCUUCUGACGACAUCUCUCGUCGGGUAAUGGAACUAGUGUGAAUCGGCGCCAUCUGUUAGUCUACUCGAAACUAAUCGCUGUAUAUUAUUGCAUUUAAACGUGUGUUUCAUGAAGUAAUUGUAAAUAAUAAAAUGUAAUUAAUUUUUAUAAUACACGUUAAACCUGUGAUAUGACUGUGCCUUCAAUUGUUCUUUGAUGUAUAUUGCUUGGACGAUGGCGCUAUAACGAAUUCACAUUUCACGUUCUUCACGUUAGUCAAAGAGUAUUUGUAAUAGUAAAUUAAUUAUUUAUUUGUCCUAAUUAAGAUAAUAAUGAUCAUUUCACAAACAUUUAUGGUUUAUAUAAUUUCAACCAAAACGAAUUAUACCUAAUUCGAUGUAGUUGUGACGAAUACAAUGUUUAUUUUAUGA